AUGUCUGCUGAAGGUCAAAUCGCCCCCUUUUAUGUUGCUAUGUUCUUGCCUAAAUCCCUGAGAGUUUUCUGGGCCGGUGAUUUCUCUAGUGUUGGCUGUCCUAGAUCCAUGUUCCGAGGUAUGAAAGGCCCUCCUCAGAUUCAGUUUCCUCUCAUUUCUAACUGUGGGAAGUUUCUGAAAUUACACUUUAACUUUGUCUCUUGCUGUGGUUUCGGCGUCGGCGAUUUGUAUGGGAUCUCACCUUCAUCAUCGCAGAGGUUAAAUGGUGUCUUCCCCUCCCUUUACUUUACUAACAUGGAACUUCGCAGUGUGACCUUACUCAGAAGCAAUACUUUCAUAAAUGUAAAGACAUUGCAUGUAGUGGCCCACAAACAAACACACAGGCGAAAUACCAGCACACACAAGAGAGGUGGCCGUUGCAGGACAGCUAUCCUGGACCCUCGCGCCACAGACUUUGCAUGUAGCGGCGCACAAACAAACACCAGCAUAUGCGACAGAAGUGGCCGUUGCAGGACCGCUAACCUGGACCCUCGCACCUUGCGGUUGGGGAAGAUUUUCAAGCAUCGCGGAAGAUUUUCAAGCAUCGCGGAAGAUUUGAACAUCCGAGAGCAGCACCCCACCAAGAUCCUGAGGAUCAUACAGCCAUACAAGGGUGAGAGGCAGCUGCCUGUUGUGGACGAAACCAAGUUCCUUGUAUCCGACCACGUCAGCCUGAGCGAGCCCACCAAGAUAAUUAGAAGGCUGUACAUAACGCUCAACUCUCACCAACCCUUCUCCCUCCUGGUGAACCCGCACAGCGCGGUGAGCAUGCCCACCGCCAUCUCAGAGAGCAGUACCAGAUGCGAGAAGGAUGAAGAUAGCUUCCAGGACCUGAUGUGCGCCUCCCAGGAGACACUCGAGGUGGCUCUGGCUGUGUAAGACUAGAACAGUGACUAACGUUUGUCAGCUCUUAUCAAGGAGAAAAAGGGCGGUUACCAGGGGACAGAACGUCGUCGGAGCCCAUCUAGGAUGGUCAGAAACUUGUGAUCAGUCAGGAACUGAGCUCCGCAUCAACGCAUUCCACUUGGAAACUCAUUGGUUAUCUUGUUUUAAAACUUUAGAAGUUAAAAAAGAAAACACAUUGCACCAUAAGUCGCCAAACAGAAACAAAACAAUAAAUAUAAAAUAAGGAGUGGGGUGGGGGAAGGGAAUGUGACAAGGUGGAUAUAAUAAUUUUCUUCACAAUAGUGGUCAUGUUAUUAUCCAUAUUUUUUUUUGCCUAUCUUCUAUGUCUAUAUCUCUCAUAAUACGUGUUAUAUCUUGAAAUAUACAAACAUAUGUUAAAAUUUA